AUGUCCAAUGCCAAAGAGGGAAACAUUAGCAUGCACAAUAUGAAUAAAAAAGACUUAAAUGGGACGCUGCCGUCCUGGGUGGAAGCGACCUUUCCGUGUGGACACUGCGACAGCCUCUUCUCCUCCCAGGAGUAUGCGGAGAACCACCGGAGGACAAUGCACCGCAGCGCAGAGGGCCCCCACCAGUGUUGCUACUGCCCCUACUCCAGCGUCAAGCGAGCGGACGUGGUGAAGCACGAGCGGACCCACACGGGAGAAGCGCCCUUUGCCUGCGGCGUCUGCGGCAAGGCCUUUACGGAGCGGAGCCACCUGAGCAGGCACCGGAGCGUCCACACGGGGGAGCGACCGCACGAGUGCGCCACUUGCGGCCAGAAAUUCGCCCAGUCGGCGGCCCUGAGGAGGCACGAGAGGACGCACACCGGGGAGCGUCCCCACGUGUGCGCGGCGUGCGGCAAGAGGUUUGCCCAGCAGGGCGACCUGGUCCGCCACACGCGCAUCCACUCCGGCAACAAGGCGUACUCGUGCCACAUGUGCGAGUACCGGUCCGGCGACUCGGGUCACGUCAGAAAGCACCUGCUGGCGGUGCAUCUGAAGGAGUACCCCCACGCGUGCCGGUUCUGUGGGAAAGGGUUCCUGGGGCCGUCCAACCUGAGGAGGCACGUAAGGAAGAAGCACACCUGGGAAGACGAGGAGGACUAGCGACUGCGGCGAACCCACGGCACCCGUACCCGACCUUGUGAUGGCAGAAGUGGACCUCGUAGAAAAGAGUUCAGUCUUGCUUCUACUAUUGCUUUGUUUGUAAUGACUGCGAGUUCAGCGUGCUUGCGCAGCGAGCGAGUUUGCUUUUUGUGUGGAGGAUGCGGCGAUGUUGGAGUGCCAAUUCUUGAUCAAAAGGAUGGUGGGCAUAGACAGACAGCUAGCUAAGGCUAGCUGCCUGUCUAUGCCCAGAGUCUCCUUUAAAUCAAACAAAGCAAGGUCGUUGUCUGCUCGUUGCGCAAAGGGAGCGGAGGCGUCGAAAGAAGGCAUUCGGACGCCAAAAGCUGGCGUAGCCCCAUACUUCUAGCAAUGGCUGCGUUACCUUCUUUAGGACUUUCGGCAGUGCACCUGUGAACUUCCCCCUUGUCCCGCGGGAAAAUACACGUUUUGUAACGAUAGCCUAGCGUGUGGUUGCUCCGACUCCCUGGAAGGGGGAAGGGAAUAAGUGGGACUUGAGUAAACUUCGGCACUUCCCUCGUAGUCGCUGAGUUUCACCAAACCAAAAUGAAUUCUACGAGAUCAAUGGUAGUGGUGAUAGACCUUUUCCGAAAGA